AUGAAGAGAAAAAUAUAUUUACUCCACAACCGGAGGACGAACCUUGGGCUGAAUAUCUGUCGUACAUACAAUUUGAGCAUCCUGGCUUGUGAAGAAAGCAAAGUGGCGAAGUCAGAGUCUAAAGUGGUUCUUGUGGUGGAAGAUAGAGAAGGUGAUGGAUGUUGCUGCUCUGGUAUGAGGAUCGGUGACUUGGGAGGAGUUCUGUUAGAGGCAGCGAAGCUGACCAGAUCCUGGUUUUGUCAGAAACCAGAUUACGGCUUCUCGCAAAAAGUCGAUGAGGAGGAGAGCAGCGGCGGGGUAACCCUGCACCCCCCGGACGGGUUCUACUCUCACCAGCACAACAUCCACAGUGGCCACCAUGGCCACCAUGCGGAGCCGGACCGCGGCUACAUGGAGGGCAAUCGAUACGUCACCGCGGUUCAUAGACCUAUGCCUGCAUUAAAUCAUUCGAACUCGUCAUGCUCGUCCACGUCGAACGCGUCUACUGGCGCAGGAUUAUGCGCGGGCGCAGCGGAGCCGGCACCGCCUCUGUACAUCGCAGCACCACCGGAGGGAUUCGGCUUAGCUGUCCAUACGAACAGGCGUGGCACAGACGUGGGAAUCAUUGGCAGUACUGGGAUAACGCAAAAAGAUUCCAGUUUACCCCAAAAAAGGGGGAAACUUACCCGAGGUCGAUAUGAAAUGUCUCAAGAUUUACUGGACAAGCAAGUGGAAAUCUUGGAACGAAGGUACGGUGGGCUGCGCGCGCGCAGGGCCGCUGUUACGAUACAACGCGCCUUCCGCCGAAGGCAACUGCUGAAGAAGUUUAGCGCCAUCACUGCUAUGGCUAAAGCAGCCGACUCCAACGCGAGACGAAUGCAAGAUGGCGACCAUUUGAUGGUUAAUGGUAACGACAUCUACGCCAACACGAUGCUACAGAAAAGUCCUGUAGGAGCUGAAAAGGUUCUGGCGCUCACCAGGCCAAUGCGAUCCAUGUCACUACGGGAGAGACACGAAGUCGACUUGGGGAACCACCUCGGCUGUGACCCGAGCAACGACGUGGACGCCAUGGUAGCACGGGUGCAGCAAUCGGCUCAUCAAAUACACAUGAUAGCCAACGAGAUGCCUCCACAUAGGGGCGACACCGAUAGUGGGGUUUGCAGCUGUUCCGUGAGUGGCUCUGUGACGAACAUAUCGACGUCAUCAUCACACAAUGAAUCUCUACAUAAUCACCAGUUAUUGAAUAAUUCAGGUCCAAUAUACGGUAAUCUACUCUCAUCCGGUGGAAAACCACUCUCUAUUACACUGAAUGCGGAGAGUCCAGUUUCACUUCGCCGCGCGGAAUGCGGUGGGGCGGUUGUACGCGGCGGUUCGAUGUCCUCGGUGCAAUCAUCCUCCUCAUCCUCCUCCCAAGAACACAGACAUUAUCACCAGGUCUACCAGCCUAGGCAGCAGGAACCACACAUCCACAUCCCCGAACAGCAGUUCCAACACAGUCGCACAGCAUCCGGGACGCUGUAUGAAGGGGACCGUUUCAAUGUGUGGAAGAGGCAAGAAGCUCCCCCCUACUACGAGGCCCCGCCGCCUGCCACCUGCUGCAGACCGCAGCAUGAACAUCAGCACACCCAUCAACAACCCUUAAAGGUGUCAGAAACAGUACGUAAACGUCAGUACCGGGUGGGUUUGAAUCUGUUCAAUAAGAAACCUGAGCGGGGUAUUGGAUACUUAAUUUCUCGUGGGUUUCUGGAGAACUCUCCACGUGGUGUAGCGAGAUUCCUCAUCACGCGUAAGGGUCUAAGCAAGCAGAUGAUUGGAGAAUACCUGGGCAACCUGCAGAACCAGUUCAACAUGGCUGUGCUAGAAUGUUUUGUGAACGAACUGGACCUAUCCGGAAUGGCUGUGGACGUCGCGUUACGGCGUUACCAAGCUCACUUCAGGUUGCCUGGUGAGGCGCAGAAGAUAGAACGGCUAGUGGAGGCUUUUGCGCGCCGUUACUGUGUCUGCAAUCCCGAUUUUGUGCAGAGGCUACGAACCCAAGAUACGAUUUUCGUUUUGGCAUUCGCUAUAAUAAUGCUGAAUACGGAUUUGCACACGCCGAACCUCAAACCCGAAGCCCGUAUGUCGCUGGACGACUUUGUACGGAACCUACGCGGUAUCGACGACUGUGGGGACAUAGAUAGAGACAUGUUGGCUGGAAUAUACGACCGGGUGAAGUCUAGCGAAUUUAGACCUGGCAGCGACCAUGUUACUCAGGUGAUGAAAGUCCAAGCGACAAUCGUGGGCAAAAAACCACACUUGGCGCUCCCACAUCGGCGACUCGUGUGCUACUGUCGGCUUUACGAAAUACCUGAUAUUCACAAGAAGGAGAGGCCUGGUGUGCACCAAAGAGAGGUGUUCCUAUUCAACGAUCUGUUAGUGAUAACUAAGAUAUUUAGCAAGAAGAAGUCUUCAGUGACGUACACGUUCCGGCAGUCGUUCCCCCUUUGCGGAAUGCUUGUCAACCUCUUCUCUGUGCCACAUUAUCCAUUUGGGAUUCGACUAUCGCGUCGUGUGGACGGACGCCGUCUAGCGACAUUCAACGCUCGUAAUGAGCAUGAUAGGUGUAAGUUCGCGGAAGACCUACGAGAGAGCAUCGCAGAAAUGGAUGAGAUGGAAGCUAUGAGAAUCGAAGCGGAACUGAACAGAGGAAAAGGCCGGACUACCGCCAAUAACACGAGAAAUGUCAUGGAGAACCGAGACAGCGGAGUGGCCGAUGUUGAGAUCGAUCAUCAGCAGUGUAUGGAUCACAUGCACAUUCACGGAGUGGUCCCACCACCCCCAAGUUGUCCGGCGCCCGCGGCCCCUCGGGCAUCCCAUCCACCCCCCACUACUAUCGUCAAACGGAACGUACUCAGCAACUCGCUCGUCGAUAUAAAUGAUCCUGUGGCUUUAGCAGCUGAGCGGCUACAGCGACGCGGAUCUGUAGGUUCGCUUGACAGCGGUAUGUCUGUCUCUUUCCAGCAAGGUAGCCGUUCUGCUCUACACGCUACAUCACCGAGACACCCGCCCGAACAACGUUCGCCAGGUCGCUUAUUCGGAGGCAUAUUUCCCGGCCGUCAACGCAAGCUGAGCGCAUCCGGUAUCCCGGACACCAAGAGUCAAGUCGGCAAGAGCACAGAAGUCUAA